AUGUCUGAUGUGGAAGAUCAACAGUCAUAUUCUGAGACUCCGGAAUUAGCCGAAGCUGAACAAGUUGACCAAGUUCAAGCUGAAGCUGAGACCGAAGAAGGAGAAUAUGCUGAAGCACAAGAACAAGAACAGAAUGAAGAAGAAGAAGACGAGGAUGAUGAAGAUGUAUUUGCUAUGGACGCACACAAAAUAACAGAUGAAGAUCAAAUCAAAGUGACUAAGAAGAAGAAUAUAAGAAAAUCUGCCGGCAUUCGAUUCCCAGGAAUACAAGAAGCAAAUGAGAUUGCUGCAGAAGCAGAUAAUGAUGAAGCAUAUGGAACUAGUGAUCCUCAAGCUAGAAGAAGAAUUGCAUUGGAAGAAAAAAUGGAUCAAGCCAUUAAACAAAGAACAACUAGACGUAGAAAAGCAGAUGAAGAUGAUAUAGAAAGAAUGCAAGAUGAUAGAAUUGAAUUAUUGAAAGAUCAUAUGAUUAAAGCUGCUAAUUUAGAUGUUGAAAAGAAUUCUCAGGGUCAAAUUGCAACUGAAAAGUUAAAAUUAUUGAAAGAAGUAAAUGAUGUGUUAUCUAGAGCCGAUUUAGCUGAUUCUAUAUUAGAUAAUAAUUUAUUAGAAGCAGUUAGAUUAUGGUUAGAACCAUUACCUGAUGCAUCUAUGCCAGCUUAUCAAAUUCAAAAACAACUUAUUCAAUCAUUACAGACCUUACCUAUCAAAACUGAUCAUUUAACAGCUUCAGGAAUUGGGAAAGUAUUAGUAUUUUAUCAACGUUCAAAAAGAACUGAACCAGUAUUAAAGAAAAUCGUCGAUAGAUUAAUUGGUGAUUGGACAAGACCUAUCUUAAAUAAAUCUGAUUCUUAUAAGGAUCGUAGUAUUAAUUUUGCUGAUUAUAAUAGAAAAUCUUAUACUAAUAAAUUAGGUAAAAGAUCAGAUAGGAAAGAAGCUAAAACAUUAUAUGAAGAAAAUGCAGAAAGAAGAAAUAGAGCUGCAAUUCCAAGUCGUAGAACUGCUCCUUAUAAGAUUGCACCAAAGGUUGAUCCUGAGGUAUUAAGAAGAUAUACUUCUAGACAAAAUGGUAGUGAUGAAAGAUUUAGAAGAAUUAAUAAUAAGUUAGUUACUAUGAGUGCUAAAAGAAAAGUAACUAGAAAAGGUGGACCUUCUAUUGAAGGUAGAAACUUACCAGGUUUUUAA